AUGCCGGAUAGUUUGUCCAUGACCUCUCAGUCGAACUCUGCGUCUCGAUCCAUCUUUCCUAAAGGACCCAGCUUCACCUUGGAGGAUUUUUCAAAUCGUGACUUUAUUGUUAAGGAGUUUAUAGAGACACUCUCUGACAGUGUUGCAUUUAGUCGUCGCUCCGCUCUCGGCCCAAGUGGUGGAAAUCAACUGUUUGAUCCCAAACCACUGAUACGUACGUUUGAGCAUGCCCAGCAACAGCUUAGUGAAUUAUCCAGUGAUUUGGAAAUUAGAGAGAAUGAGCUAUCUGCUGCUGCACGCCGGGCAGAGGCGCAGCACUCACAAAAUGUCAAUACCUUAGGCAGAAAACUGAAACAGACAAUCAGCUCUUUUCAACAGCUAGACACGUCACUCAAUGGAGCGGGGACACAUAUAAUUGGGUGUGAACGUACUGGAGCAACCGGAAAUAUGGCAGUUGAAACUGGGCGCAAGCUAGAAGAGCUUGACAGGCAACGACGCCGAGCUCUUGAUGCUUACUUCCUACUCCAAUGUUGGGAAGGUGUCAGUAACAGGGGAGAAAUUACGCUUUUGGAGAAUUUAAGAAGGUCUGGAACUGGCGAAGCCAAAGUGCGUUCAGCGCAAAUUGCAAGACAAUUAUUGAGAAUAAGUCAAAGACUCGACCCUCACAGCUGGAACGAAUCAAAAGGAGCAGGUAGCAAAUCAUAUGGAAAUGGACCUACAGAGGAGAGUGCAAAUGGGGAAGGCGACAGUGCUAGACGGAAUACAAGAGAGAUCAUUGAAAAGUUUUCAGAAACACUAGAAAAGGAUCUUCUGAAACAGUUUGAUGAUUUUUACCGCAAGGCUAAUUUCGAAGGAAUGAAGGACUGUGCAACCGUGCUUCAAGAUUUCAAUGGCGGUGCAAGUGUUAUUGCACUAUUUGUUAACCAGCAUCAGUUUUUUAUUGAUCGAAGCCAGCUUGUCACCGAGGAAGUGGCUGGAGAUACAGAGGCUUGGGAGAAGCUGGCAGAUCCUGAUGCGGAGCCCGUCAAAGUGGAACCCAGCCUUCAGUCACUAAUUGAUGAGGUGAAGGUUGUAGUACAGGAGGAAUCUGCCAUUAUCAGACGAGCCUUUCCUUAUUACGAGCAGGUUCUUGGAAAGUUUCUACAACGAGUAUUUCAACAAUCUAUCCAACAGAGACUUGAGAUGGCGUUGGAGAAAGCGAAUGAUAUUUCGCCUCUUGCUUUCUUGAGAUCACUUCAAAGCUCACGCAAUUACAUCAGUGCUUUAGUUGAUGAUUUAAAAUCUCAUGGUUUGACCGAAAACCCAGAUCCUAUAUCUGCGCAGACGGCACUGGUUCUUGAUCAGCAACUGGAAGAUUUAUUCGUGCCGUAUUUUGUUGGAUCUUCAUAUAUCGAGAGAGAGAAAAAGACAUUGGAAGAGUUAUAUACGUCUAUUCUGUUCAGAUUUACCACAUUUCACUCCCGUAGGAAGAAAGCAGUGACAACUUUUAUGGCAUCACUCUCCAAGUCGGGCACCGAACUCCUUACUUCUGCCCGAGACACAUAUAUUAGUCGCCUUGAAUCUUCGGAAUUCUCAGCCACGCAUCGGAGAAUUCUACUUCAAGUAGCGGGCUUGAGGGAGUCUAAUGAUGUUUUGAGACCAACUGAUGUCAAACUCGUUGAGGAAGAUGGUCUUCCCAGCAUAGCUUACGCCAAGCGGAUGCUCAAAUGGCUCGCUGAAGGGGUCGGGCGAAGCCUAGAGCUAAGCAUUACAAGUGAGACACCGAAGGAUAUGCUGGCACUAUUGAGUCUCCUUCUUUCCAUGAUGGGGGAGGGGUAUAUCGAAGUCUGUCUUGAUGCCGCUUUGGAAGCGGCGACGUCACAAGAAUCUGGAAAAAUGGAACCUGACUUUGCCUAUCUUGCCGCAGUUCGGGGCGCUAUAGGCAUUACCAACCUGAUGGUAAUGUGCAUAAACACAUUACUUAUACCCUUGGCGGCUGGAAGCAUUACUGUGCGCAAGGAAAUGGAAAAAAAGACUAGUCUAAUAACAGUGCGCAUUGAGGAGAAAGUGAACGCAGUUGAGCGAAAAACUAUCGACGCGACGUUGAUUGGCACAAAUCUCCGCCAGCUGCUUACUGACGUUGCUCUUGGACUUCGAAGCCUACUUCUUGAGCACUUCAAACGAUUUUCGGUCAAUGGACCUGGCGGCCUUAUGGUCACCAAAGAUAUGACACAGUAUACUAAUCUUCUUAAAAGCUGGGAUGUAGACGAGCAAGCCAAGGCUCCCGGCGGGGCGCUAGAUGUUUUGCUAGAAGUUGGCAGUCUUUUUGUUAUUGGGUCUGAGGCUCUCCGAGAAAGAGUACGCGGUGGUACAGCAAGUGCUGCUGGCGCAAGAUCUGGAAGCAACACCACAGGCUCCACACGUAACCCUGGGGUAACUGGAUCAACUGAAGCUGGUCUAAGCAUCCAGGAAGUUCGUGCGUAUGUGUCUCGAAGAGAGGACUCAAACACCCCCGCGAUGCAAAAUGUGCUCAAUUUUUUAGUCUAUUUCAAAAACACUACAACUUCCAGCGCCGCGAAGAACUCAAAAAAACCCAAGAUCACUGCGACCAACCUUGACAGUCAACCAACAUCAUUAUUUUAUUUUGAGGACGCAGAGACAGCUCUCCUAAACACGCGAGACGGUAAUUUACUUCAGACAUUUGAUGGUGGCGAGUCUUGGGAAGUGGUAAAAGGCGAAGAUGGUGGCAUGGAGCAUAAAGUUCUUUUUAUCUGGCAGCAUCCAUUUGAUAAGAACAAGGCAUACGCAAUAAGUCAAAAUAAACGCCACUGGGUUACGACAGACCAGGCUAAGACCUGGGCCUCAUUUGAGGUCCAGGGGGUCCCUGCUGUCAGGCAUUACCCUCUUGUGUUCCAUGGUCGGAAUUCUAGCAAGGUCAUUUUUCAAACUGAAGAAUGCGCGGGUCGCUAUUGUAUAGUCAAGUCCCAUUAUACGACAGACGAUUUUAACACCGUCAAGCCCCUACGAGAAAGUAUUGGCGGAUGUGCUUGGGCAGUAGGGCAUCCUCAAUUUGCCGAGAAUUUGGAUAUAGCCCGGGAGAUCGAAGAUCGAUCUCUUUGUGUGGUACCAGGUUUGAAGGUGCCCCUUCCACAUGCCAAUAGACUUAUAUACUCGGACGAUUACUUUAACAGUGAUAUUGAAGGGUCAGAGGUGAUGCUGCAGGGACGACCGGUUUCUGGCGUCAUCAGCACAGCGGCUGUCAAGAGGUUUAUCGUGGCGGCAGUAAAGUCGCAAGGGACAGAGGAGCUCGCUCUGUACGUGACGAUUGACAGUAAGCUUUGGCAUCGAGCAGAGUUUGAAGGCCAUCGUAUACAGGAGGAUGCCUACACCAUACUAGAAAGUACGAAUUAUAGUCUUCAAGUGGACGUUCUGCCUAGUCCUAUGCAUGGUAUGGGCGUGCUUUUCACAUCUAACUCGGAGGGCACCUAUUUCACCCGCAAUAUUGAGCAUACAAACCGUGACGUGGAGGGCACAGUCGAUUUUGAAAAAAUUGCUAACAUACAGGGUGUUGUACUGGUGAAUAUCGUGAAGAAUCCGGAACAAAUAAAAUCUGCUUCCGAUAAAAAACUUAUUAGCAAAAUCAGUUUUGACGAUGGGAGGACUUUUCAGCCCCUCAAGGUCGGUGACGAAGACCUGCACCUUCAUUCUGUUACCGCCUCUGCGAACAUUGGACGGGUGUUCUCAAGUCCAGCCCCGGGACUGGUAAUGGGUGUCGGUAACACGGGCGAGCAUCUCGGAAAGUACCCCGAGGGUAACCUUUAUGUAUCGGAUGAUGCAGGCAUGACAUGGCGUUAUGCUCUUAAAGGUCCUCAUAAGUAUGAGUUUGGAGAUCAAGGCGCCAUUGUUGUGGCGGUUAGCGAAGAUGAGAGGAACAGUGAAAUCAAAUUCUCAGUCGAUCAUGGAAAGGUGUGGGAAUCAGCCUACCUGGGAGACGGACUCUACCCCGAAAUGGUCACAACAACUCCGGAUUCAACAAGCUUAAAAUUUACCCUGGUUUGUUCUUCAAAGCAAGGCAAGAAAGAUGGGCAUGCUAUUUAUUCAGUAGAUUUUGGCGGACUUCACGAGCGAAAAUGCGAAGAAAAUGAUUUUGAAGAGUGGGCGGCACGAUUGGAUGAGAAUCGUGAACCUGAUUGCCUUAUGGGCCACAAGCAGUUUUUCAGACGGAGAAAGGCUAAUGCAGAUUGUUUUGUGGACGAGAAGUUCAGAGACCCCCAGCCCAUUUUCAAACCCUGCAAAUGCACGGCCAAGGAUUUUGAGUGUGAAUACAAGCCUAGCGAGGAUGGAAAGGGCUGUUCACUUUCCGUACCUUUAAGGAAUCCUGAGGAGAAGUGCAAGAAACCGACUGAUACAUUUUUGGGCCGGUCCGGCUGGAGACUUAUCCCUGGAAAUGCUUGUAUCCGAGAUGGCGGAGAAAAUCUGGACAAAGAGAUCGAAAGACCCUGCAACGAAACACACAACACGCCAACUGGUGAUAUUAUCUCGACUAGGAAGGACUUCAAUGCGAGAAAGUUCGCUGCCUAUUACUAUAUGGAACGUCAGUCAAGCAACUCCGGACAUGAUGAGACUGUCUUCGUGCUUACUACUGAGAAUGAUCUUUACGUUUCGCAUGAUCAUGGGAAAACAUGGGAGCGGGCCCUUAAGGGAGAGAAGAUAUCCAAGAUAUUUCUUCAUCCCUAUAACAGUGAUGCGGCUUUCUUUCUUGGUGAUGGGAAAGAGGGCUUCUGGACCUCGAAUCGUGGUGACACUUUCAACCCUUUCAAAGCACCGAGCCUACCAACUCGAGAGCCCUUUCUCUCUCCUAUCACAUUUCAUCCUCGGUACAACGAUUGGUUGAUUUGGACUGGCGCCGUGGAUUGUGACCACGGAGACUGUCAUUCUGAUGCCUAUAUCAGCAGAAAUCGUGGAGCUGACUGGCAGCUUCUCCUCCGCUAUGUCCAGAAAUGCGAGUUUGAAAAUAGGGAAGACCGGCCGGAGAGCGAAGAACUUAUAUUCUGCGAGCAGUUUGAAAACGAGAACAAGAACAACCGUCUUCAGCUAUUGUCUACCAACAAAGUCUUUUCGGAUUGGAAAGUUCAUUUCGAAGACGUGAUCAACUACGCCACGAUGUCAGAAUUCAUCGUCGUAGCAUCGCGCAGCCCAGAGAACCCUGAAUCUUUGGUGGCAAGUACUAGUAUUGAUGGACAGGUUUUUGCAGAGGCACAAUUUCCUCAUAACGUUCAAGUGCCAGUUCAGACCGCUUAUACCGUACUUGAAAGCUCCACCCAUGCAGUGUUUCUGCAUGUCACAGUGAGCAGCGUGGAAGGUGCUGAGUACGGCCCCAUAAUAAAGAGCAAUAGCAACGGCACGUCCUUUGUACUCAGUCUAAAUGCCGUGAAUCGGAACGAUAAAGGCUUUGCUGAUUUUGAAAAAAUGCAAGGAUUGGAAGGUGUGGCAAUUGUAAACGUUGUCAGCAAUGCUGAUGCGGUUUCAAAGGGUUCCGCUAUGAAGAAGCUUAAAACAAUGAUUACUCACAAUGAUGGAGCACAAUGGAUGUUCCUUCCUCCCCCAGCCAGAGACGCUGAUGGCAAUGAGUUUAAUUGUUCCGUUACAGAUGGAAAAGGCACUGAUGACUGUUCACUCCAUCUUCAUGGCUAUACUGAGCGCAAGGACGAACGAGACACUUUCUCUUCUGGCUCAGCCAUAGGUCUUAUGAUGGGAGUAGGAAACGUUGGUGAUCAUUUGGCAGGUGGCGAUGAAGUAGACACCUUUAUCACAAAAGAUGGGGGAAUUACCUGGAAAUCUGCCAAGAAAGGUAGAUUUAUGUGGGAAUACGGUGACUCUGGUUCAGUGAUUGUCAUUGUCCCUGAGUCUAGGCCAACAAAGUCCCUUUAUUACAGCGUUGACGAGGGUGACAGUUGGGAGGAAUUCUCGUUUUCGGAUGUUGAUGUGCAGAUUGACGAUAUCUCAACUGUACCAUCAGAUACCUCGAAAAAUUUUCUUCUUUGGGGCAGAGAUUUGAAAGAAAGUUCUCGUCAUGGACUUAUUACUGUGAACAUUGAUUUCAGCGGGCUACGCUCGAGGUCGUGCAACUUGACUGAUGACUAUGCUAUCUGGGAGCCUAAGCAUCCUUUCCAGAAAGAUAACUGUUUAUUCGGGCACGUUGAACGAUAUUAUCGCAAAAAACCGUCCGCCCGAUGUUGGAAUGAUUGGCGUGAGCCCCAUAUCCAUAGUAUUGGCAUGAACUGUUCAUGCACUAGAGCUGAUUACGAAUGUGAUUAUAACUAUGAGCCGCAGGCUGACGGCAGCUGUGCACUUGUUCCAGGGCUCCCCAAACCAGACGCGAUGGCUAUCUGUAAGGCGGAGCCUGCUAGAAUUGAGUACUGGGAACCGACCGGGUAUCGACGCAUACCCCAAACUACCUGCGAAGGGGGUAAGAAUUUAGACCAUGUCAUAUCGAAGCCCUGUCCUAGCAAAGAAGAAGAGUAUGAAAAAAGGCAUGGUAUUAGUGGGGUCGGAUUAUUCUUCGCAAUCGUGACCCCGGUUGCUGUGGCAGGAGCAGCUGGUUAUUUUAUAUAUACCCGAUGGGAUGGCAAGUUCGGUCAGAUUCGCCUUGGGGAAAACGUCGACACAUCCCAAGGGCUACUUUCGCGAGAUUCGUUGAUAGUCAGAGUGCCAAUUGCAAUAAUCGCUGGGGUGGUGGCUGUCUCAAGGGCCCUUCCGCUCCUUGUUGCGAGUUUGUGGCGGAGUGCGGCUGGAUACGUAGGGUUUGGACGAUACAGACACUAUUCAAGGCCAUAUGCAUCUCGCGGUUCUUUCGCAGCACGUCGAGGAGACUACACCAGCGUUGUGGAUGAUGAGGAUGAGCUUCUCGGCGUUGAAGAUGCUGAAGCCGAAGAAGGCGAUGAGCCUUAG